AUGACAGAUAUUAUGCCAAUUAUCCGUGUACGCCGCAAGCGGUCUGCGGAUCCUCAUGCAGCCCUUAUAAUGGAAACCAAAAAGCGGAAGGUGAAGCUGAAGGCAAAGGCCUUGAAUUCAUUGGUGAGCACAGUGAUGGUUCAAGUGGCCCAGCUGACAGCGAUAGUAACGUCGAGGAAAAUGAAAGCUGUAAGAUAUGACUAUUACAAAAUAUAUCGGGGAUCGAUGACAGAGCCAAUAAAACAGUGGGAUUCCGAUAUCGAGCUGAGAUUCGCUACUGAGGAAGAGCAAACAUUACUUCUUGGAAAUUCCGAUUCUGAG